GUUUAAGGCGUAUAUACUUCUGUAUAAUCCUUUUGCACACGACAGCCUACCUGCUAGAACUUGCUUCAAGGGGUCUCCCAGCACAAACGCAAACCGGACGCUUCGCUGAUUGUAUAACUGUUACACUUGACGCAUAUACGCUUAAUUCAGUUUCCUUGCUCACUUUCGCUUGAAUCUUGUGAGGUCCCUGCGAGAACUGACUUGCUCCUGACCUAAUUGCCUUUUGGCACAACUUCUAUCUGUUACACAACCUGAGACAUGUCUGGUAAACAAAGGAACAUCCGGAAACGAGUAGCAUCUGAGGAUGAAGAUGCCCCGGACGUCAGCGCUGAGCCCGAAUGCCAACGCGAUAAACUGGCUGAGACGCGGCUAAUGCAGCAGCUGCGCAAGCGCAGCGCCGGCACGGGCGUCGGCGCGCUGGCAAUGGGCGGCGGGGGUCCGGGCAUCGGCCCUGCCAGCCGGGAGGGCUCCGUGGAGCCGGGCAGCGAGGGCGGCGAGGGCGCGGGCACGGUGGUGAUGGACGCCUACGUGAAGGCCAAGAGCAUUGCGGUGCAGAUGGACGAGGAUGCACACAUGCAGAAGUACGUGGAGGAGCAGCUGGCGGCGCGGCUGGGCAAGACGGCGGAGGCGGAGGCGGAGGAGAACGACCCCGAGGUCAAGCGGAGAAAGUUGGAGCAGGAGCUGUACGCGCUGCCCUCCGACUUCACCACCCAGCUGGAGCAGGAGCUGGUGCUGCCGGGCAUGGUGAGCACGCUGGCGGAGGUGCCGCUGGCCGCCAAGGACAAGCUCAAGAGCAUCGAGGCCACCGAGGCGCUCAAGCGCAGCCUGCUGGCACAAGUGGGCGGCAGCACACUGGUGCUCGAGGAGGACGCGGAGGCGCGCGACCGCGAGGCGGCGCGCAUCCGCCGCGGCCAGUUCGUCAAGUCGUUUGGCGCGCAGAAGGCGCGCGUGCACCGGGAGCCUGAGGAGCUGGAGGCGGAGGCGCGCAAGAGGCGGUUCGUGAGCGAGCGCCGCUCCGCGCCCGUGGGCAAGCCGCGGAAAUAGCGGGCGGAAGUAGCCGGCGGGUGGCUUGGCAAGUGGGGGUGCGAAUGCCAGGAGUUUGGAAGGGGAUGUUGAGGGGCAGGUUGGUGUGUGUGUGUGUGUGUGUGUGUGUGAGCUGUGUAAAGUGGGUGUAUGCUGGGUAUAGGAGGGUGUGCUGUAUCGACACUGGAGGCAGAGGCGGGAGGCGGGCGCACGGAGGCAGGGUUGCCUAGUUCGUAGUACGCGUACUAUGUACUACGUACUGUACUACGUACUGUACGCUGCCCUCGUCGGCUAGUACGUUGGAAAAUACGUUGUGCUGGGGAAACCAGCGGGGUGGGCCGUGGCAGCGCCGUGGCUGGGCGAGGGGCGCGAGGGGUGCUGGAAAGGAUGUCCGUCGAAGUUUGCGAACCAUGGCUGCUCUCCGCACUGCAGCUGUGUUCUCUUACAACAAUAUGAGCAUAAUAAGUUGAAGGAAAUUCCGCUAGAAGACUAUGACCGCGCAAAUCCAGAUUCACACCGAUUCGGGCAUGGUGCGGGCACGCGUGCCGUGUUUGCGUCGGCUUCCCCCCCGGAUUUCCUGGCCCAGCGUAUUAUGCACCGUAUUUUACCGUACUGUACUAGGAAUCCUAGUACGCUGUAUUAAUACGCGUAUUAUGGAGAGAGGGUCGCGUACUAGGCAACCCUGCACGGAGGUGGUGGUGGCGAAAAGGGUGGCGCUGUGGGGUCGAGGAGCGGCAGGGUGCAGGCGCCGGACGCAGGACGCAGGCAGCAUGUCGACCGAGCUAUCCUGCAGGCAUCAUUUGGGUGCUGACAUCUGCUGGGUGUUCGACUCUUAGCCCUGCACCAGUCCGCUU